GACCCGUUUUGUCCGCCAUACUUUCAGACGGGGAUUUCAAACGCACUGAAUACAGAAUGUGUAGUUGAAGAACAACAGACUCUCGACUAGUUUCAUUAAGUAGUUGACAGUCGACAGUACAACAUAACAACUGCCUUGAAGUGAAACCGAAAAUAUACAAAUAUUACAUAAUCGUUAAAGAAUAAUACGGCUAAGUGUUUGGUGCAUUAGUGCCAUAAGGCUUAACACGGUGGAAAACAAUAGCUGAGGAGAAGUAGCAAUAUUUAGGACAACACUGUUAACCAAUUUACUCUCUGCUUGAUCCAGCAUCUUAAAUGUCAUGGCUAGACACAAAACAACAACUUUUCGGAAAAACCACUCAUAUGCUAUUUGUUAAGAAGAUAUAGAGAGAAGAUAAGAAGAUGGUGGCAAGGCAAAAAUGGAGCAAGAAUGUGGAAUUUUUAUUGGCAGCCAUUGGAUACUGUGUAGGACUGGGAAAUGUGUGGAGGUUUCCCUAUCUGUGCUACAGCAGUGGAGGAGGUGCUUUCCUGGUACCCUUUUUCCUGAUGUUGAUUCUGUGUGCAGUACCCCUGCUAUACAUGGAGCUGACCGUUGGACAGUACACACAGAAAGGACCGGUAGGAGCCCUGGGCAAGCUCUGCCCACUCUUUAAAGGUGCUGGUCUAGCCACGGUUGUGAUCUCAUUUCUCUUCACCACAUACUACAAUGUCAUCAUCGCCUGGGCGUUCUACUAUCUGUUUAGCUGUUUCCAGGCGGUGCUUCCCUGGGUCGGCUGUAAUCACGACUGGAACUCGCCCAACUGCUGGGAUGGCACUGCCACGCAGAACUUCACCAAUACCACCACUAACGCCUCGUAUAUGGUUCCUGUCAACAAACCUAACGGGACCAUUUCCCCAACUGAAGAUUUUUACCAGACCUAUGUACUGGAGAGAACUAAAGGUAUAGAAGAACCCGGGCAGUUAAAAUGGGAGCUUGCGUUGAUCCUGUUCCUGUGCUGGGUCCUGGUGUACUUCUGUAUAUGGAAAGGCCCAAAGUCUACAGGAAAGGUUGUGUAUUUCACUGCCACAUUCCCAUAUUUAGUUCUUGUCACGCUGUUGAUAAGGGGAGUAACUCUUCCAGGAUCUUUGAAUGGCAUUAUGUUCUUCAUCAAGCCGAAGUGGGAACUCCUCUUGGAACCAAAGGUCUGGGUGAACGCAGCAGCUCAGAACUUCAAUUCUAUAGGCAUAGCAUUCGGUGGCAUCAUUACUAUGUCCAGUUAUAACAAAUUCCACAAUAGAAUCAUAAAGGACGUGAUUGUAAUAGCUGUGGUUGAUGCCAUCACCUGUCUUCUGGCAGGGUUUGCCAUUUUCUCGAUUUUGGGAUAUCUGGCUGAAAACCAGGGGAAGUCUGUGGAUGAUGUCAUACAGCAAGGUCCUGGCCUUGUAUUUGUGAUUUAUCCAGAAGCCUUUACAACAAUGCCAGUGCCACAACUGUUUGCAGCAGUAUUUUUCCUCAUGUUGAUUAGUCUGGGAAUAGAUAGUCAGUUUGCAUCAACAGAAGUCAUAGUGACAACUAUCAAUGAUCAUUUUCAUUCACAAGUCAAGAAGUAUUUGAGAAGGAAAGAAGUGUUAGUGGCUCUGGUGUGUUUCUGCUCCUUUAUAUGUGGUCUGCCUAAUGUUACCCAGGGAGGCUAUUACUUCUUCUCGUUAAUCGAUCAUUAUGCUGCCGCUGUGUCACUCAUGUACUUGGCUUUCUUUGAAGUCAUUGCAAUCACCUGGUUCUAUGGUGCUCGUCGCUUAGGGAAAAAUGUCAAGGAAAUGAAUGGCAGUUCACCAAAUAUAUUCUUCAUUAUAUGCUGGUAUUUCAUAUCCCCAGUGUUCAUUUUUGGUAUCUGGUUGUUCAGCAUGAUAAGCUACCGUCCAUUCCAGUUGGAUGAUUACGAGUUCCCUGUGUGGGCCACAGUACUCGGGUGGUUCAUAGCUGCUCUCUCUGUGUUGUGCGUUCCGAUCGGCAUGAUCCACGCCAUCUAUCAGGCCAAAGGAAACACCUUGUGGCAGAAAUUUAGAAACUCCAUUGUGUCUCCAUUGAACGAAAACGCAGAAGCCUCCUAUCCAAGCCUCCAAAAUGGGGACAUUCUUCUCCAAGUUAAACCAGAGAUGAAAGAUUAUCCAAAUGCAUAUUAAUAUACAAGAUCUAAGAAAUCAACAUUUUCAUUAUCCCAGGGUAUAAUGAUAAAGGCAUAAUGAUAUUGAUAUACAAGAUCUAAGAAAUCAACAUUUUCAUUAUCCAAGGGUAUAAUGAUAAAGGCAUAAUGAUAAAUGCAUAAUGAUAUUGAUAUACAAGAUUUAAGAAAUCAACAUGUAUGUUAUCCAAAGGCAUAAUGAUGAUAGUAUUUUGUUGUAAUUUUUUGUAGCAUUUUGUCAAUUAAUCCCAUCACCUUGUAAAUUUUCAUUUUUUCUGAAAUUGAAGCUAAUUUUUAUGCCCCCGUAUUGAAGAUUAAGGAGCAUAUUGUUUUUGACCUGUCUGUCUGUCCAAAACCAAGCUUUUAAUUGAUAGGGCCUUCAUAUUUUAUAUGUGUAUUCCUUGUGACAAGGCCUUUCCUACAGGACAACCUUGUGAAGGUAUAUUGACCUAGACAUUGACCUUUUGAUGAACUCAUGAAAAAAUUGUAGAUAUAUUUGAGCUGCAAAAGACUAACUUUUAUAUUAAGUAGGCAUAAUCUUUCAGAGAGAGUCUCUUCUAUGGAGCAUGUAAUAGGAAGUUCCACCAAUACUGCUUUUGGCGGGACAUUCCAGUGUUUUGCAAAAUAUGUACAAUAUAGGGCUUGGGUAAUCAUAGAGCCGUUCCUAGCAAAAAAAACCCACCCUUAUUCAACAAUGUUUUAAAAUGUUGUAAUUAAAAAACGUGACAUCAUGUUCUUUGCAUAGUUGUAAAGAAAAACGUCAUGAUUACCAAUCAGCAAUUAGUUUCAUCUUUGAUUGGCUGUAAUAUUUUAAUGACAAUGAAUAUUGCUGUAAUUUUUUGAGGGAUUGUUCUCUGCAGUUCAUACUUUAGCAGCUAUCAUGCUACUGUGUGGUGUUCACAGCUUCUACUAAAUAAAUGAUGCUUUUCUGUAUAAAGCUAACAUUGUGCCUAAAUGAACCUUAUCAUCAGCAAUUCAGGAGAUUACAAGUACUUUACUGAAAUCAAUGCAAUCAUACAUAGAUAUGGCAUUUAUCCAGUGUUGUUCCUCAAGCCAAUAGGUCUUUUUUUUUACAUUUUAUAUGCUAUAUAUGCGUACAUGUAGAUCUUUAUAACUGAAUAUUAAUGUUUUUAGCACAUUUGUUGGCGAUUAAAUUGUGCUGUAGCCAUUAAUUAGCACCAUCUAUAAAUUAAAAUAUUCUUUAUCUAUGUUUGUUGACCUACCAGUAAGAUGUUCAGUAAAUUAGUAGGCAGUGGCGGAUCUAGGGGGUGAGGUUACAAGAGUUAUACACCCCCCCCCCCCCCCCCUCCUGUUGGUUGAGCAUUUUUUUUAAAAGGGUUGUGGUUUUUUUUUUGGGGGGGGGGGGGGGGAUGUCUUCAAACAACCCAUCCCCUUUCUUCGGUGGAAAAGGUACAAGUUUGAAAAUUUUCUGGAUACUUUACUGGUAGGAAAAACAACUUAUUUUAAGUAAAACAAAUUUUCUUUACCAAAUUAAUUCUACACAAAAUUUUCUAUAUCAACUUACACAUUUGAAAAAAAGUUUUGAGAUUUAAAAGAAUAAUUCCGUUCUGUUUGGAGUGAAAUAUAAAAUUGAAUAUUUUUUGGAGGAAAACGUAGAUAUUAAGAAUUUCAAAUCAGAGCAUUGGUUAGGUUGAAAAUGGGAAUCAAACAUUUUCAUUUAAGUUUAGUAUUUAUAUUUUUAGUCCCUUACUAUGGGUUUCCUCUUAAUCUGUCAGUCUCUCUGUCCCACUUGUUUUCUGUACCUUUUUUUCAUCAUAGUUUAAUUAGAAAGCUGAAAGGUAGUAUGUGGUUUCAGUUCCAAGUUUCAUCACAGUAGAGUGAUUAUAGAUAGGACUGUGUGCUAAAUAUACUAGUUUUCCAAACUUUUCCCCACUAUGCUUUAACUUAGGGAUCUAAAUUUUUACAUGUAGUUACCUAAUAUUUAGCACCAGUAGAUGCAGAUCAAGUUUCAAUUUUGUUACCAUGGUUGACCUAUUUUGACAAAUUUAAUAUUAUAAGACUUAAUUUUGUGGUUGAAUGAGCAACAAUGUUUUUUAGAUUUUUUUUUUAGGAAUUGGGAGAUUUAGGACCAUAUAGUUUUUCGUCUAUCCAUCAGUUUGUGACAGGAUCUUUGUUUUGGUACCAAAAGUAUUGACUUUGUGACCUUGAUCUUUGGGUUUGACCUCUACUCUUGAAAUACUUUAACCUUUGCCAUUAUCAUACUUUGCUCCAUACAGAGAUAUCAGCGUUCCACAAACACGUUUCACCAUGCUUGAGUUAGGGAGCUGAAGUUUGAUUUACUAAUGUACGUUUACAGAUCAAGUUUUAGUUUUGUCACAGUGGACUGAUUUUCACUCGAUUUAUGGAACAUUGUGCCGAAUGCAACUUUACAGUCUGACUUGUUCCAUACCAAUUGUUAGGCCAUUCUUGGAACCCUAAUUUUGACAAUGGUUACUCCAUUUACCUGAUCAAGAUAUAAGGCUAACGGUGGGUGUGACCGGUCAACAGGGGAUUCUUACUCCUCCUAGGCACCUGAUCCCACCUCUGUUAUAUCCACUGGGUCCGCGUUUGCCCAACUCUCUAUUUUGUAUUGCUUAUAGGAGUUCUGAGAUUGAUCACUGUUCGUUAUCUUCACCUUGAUAGGAGUUAUGAGAUUGAUCACUGUUCGUUAUCUUCACCUUUCUCUUUUGUCUACAAUUUAAUGUCUUGACUUGGAAAUCUGAUAUUUGGUUAUUGGAUGAGUAGACACACAUUCAGUUUCACUUUUGUCACAGUUGAAUGAGUAGAUACACUUUAAGUUUCACUGUUGCUUAACUGUGGAAUUAUUCUAACAAAAAUGGUAACCUUAGUUUCAUGGUUGACUGAAUUCUUGCACUCUGUCAAGUUUUCUGUAUUUUCUUGGACCAAAUAUACAUAGUCUGAUCAAGAUAUAGGGCUCACAGCAGGUGUGGCCAGUCAACAGGGGAUGCGUACUCCUCCUAGGCAUCUGAUCCCACCUCUGGUAUAUCCAGGAGUCUGUGUCGAUCUGCCCAAUUUUAUAUUUUCAGGAUUAAUUGACAUCGGGAUUUGUAGCACGUGUUGUACUCCUUUUAAAGCUUUAUAUUUGUCACAUAGAGGGAAUUGAAUUUCCAGUUUAUAUUUCUAUAGUAAGUUUUUUCUUGUAGUUUUACAUAAUUUUCUGUUUUGUGGAUGUGAGAUUUUUUGUACUCUUGUUAGUAUUAGAUGCAGGCUAUACUGAUCAGGCACUUUUGUACUACUGAUCAUAAUACUUGGCUUAAUCAUAAGUCAACAACUGUGAUAUGUUUGCACAUAAUAAAGGGAUUCAAUUGAUUGAU